AUGACUAACAACCUCUUCGAAGAUACCGAAGAAGCUGAUACUGAAGUAGCAGAUACCUCCACGCUACAUACUAUCGGACAAGGAUUUUGCGGUACCGUAUGGGCAGCUGAGACAGGUCCUGCAUUCAAAAGGGAGGAUGGUGGGCCUGAUCGAUCAUUGAUAAACGACUUUGAAAUGCACCACCGGGUUAUCCAAAGCUUACAAAAGAUCACAACCUUACAGCUCAAGAUCCAAAUCCCAGCUUGCUACAGUUUUAUCAAGGCAACAGACCAGCAAUGGUGGUCCGCAAACCAUCAAGAAUUUCCACAAGGCUGUACGACACCAUGCAAUAUGAUCCAGUCUCAACGUAUACCGCCUUUCUCCGACACUACAAGACGACUUCUUAUCAAAAAAUACUGUCCGCCAAAGUUUGUCCAAGAAAUCAUCGCUAGCAAGCCUAACAAAGACUGCUUGGUAAGGCCGUACCUCGGCCGGAGACGAACGGAAAACCCUCAUACUACGUCGCGAUUCACAGCCUUUUCUUUGCGGAAUUUCCCACUCCAUAUCGACCAAUUGGAGGAGCUUGGGAUAACAACGAACGAUAUAUAUCAGUACGCAAGAGUUAUGGCCGAAACUCUCGCCAUGAUGCACUGGGUUGGUGAGGUUGAUGGGAAUGAUAUUGAAUUUGUUCUUGCGCCGCCUUGCAAGGGUUCUCCUUUUAAAAUGGAGUCCAACAUCCUUGGAGACCAUUCUAUGUGGGUACUUGACUUUGAUUUAUGUAGGAGGAUGACAAUGGAUCCAAAAGGAGUGGAACAAGCUGCUGCUGCUUUUUGGAGCAAUGAUCGGUAUUAUCCCCGACCAGGCCUUGAGAGGGAUCUUUCAUUAUGGAUUGUGUUUCGAGAACACUACAUCCAGAUGAGUGAAACCUGUAUUGAAAUUGUGAAUGAAUCAGACGAGGCAGAGAGACGGCGUGCCCUAUCAAGGCAGUUUAUUCACUUAGUAGAACAGGAAGGGAAUAUGAGGAAAACGAUGAAGGAAACACAGAAGGAAUCGGAUAUAAAUUAA